AUGUCUCUCUACCUCCUCUUCGAGUCGGCCUCCGGGUACUCCAUUUUCCAGGCGCACGGCAUCGAUGAGAUCGGGCAGAACACCGAGGCGGUCCGGAACUCGGUCCUCGACCUCACUCGCUUCGGCAAGGUCGUUAAGCUCGUCGCUUUCAAGCCCUUCGCAUCCGCUCUGGAUGCCCUGAACCAGUGCAAUGCAGUUUCUGAAGGUGAGAGCACGUGGAAGGAGCAUCUGUCACGUUGAGGUUUAUUGGACCACGUUGAGGGGGGCUAGCCGAGCUCAUUAUGGAUAAUUUUCUUCAGUAUUUGCCUGUAUGCCGGUCCUCUUCCUUGUGCAAUUUGACCGUAUAGUCAAGUAAGCGAGAAAAAAUGGUCGAUUGAUGAUCGCAUGUAUCCCUCGUUGCUUUUGGGCGUUUUCCUAGAUGUUUGCCUUUACAUUUGAAUCUUCUCUCUGCCCAUUUUUCCUGUUCAAUCGCUCUGUCCGUUUACUCUAGUAUCACCUUGGAUUCUAAUCUAGAGUGCGCCUGCUUGAGUUCGACAAGCAUUGGCCCCAGAUCUGUCUUCCACCAUUAUUGCCCUGUCAUAUUAUAUGUUUACCUAAAUCUCAUGUGUCAUCUCAUUUGUUCUUGGUUCCAGGUAUUCUAACUGAGGAGCUGAGGAACUUCUUGGAAUCCAGUUUUCCAAGAACCAAAGAAGGGAAAAAGGCCAAGUACAGCCUGGGGUUGGCUGAACCGAAGAUUGGAUCCCAGAUCUCUGAAGUGACUAAAAUUCCCUGCCAGAGUAAUGAGUUUGUUCUUGAGCUGCUCCGGGGCAUCCGUUUACACUUUGAUAGGUUCAUCGACAGCCUAAAGGUUUGGAUUCAAUAUGUGGUUCCCUUAGCAAAACCUUUCAAGUCUCCCUUACACCAGCAUACUCAUCUAUCCUUUUCUCAUCAUCGUGGACACUUAUUUGCAGCCAUAUGACUUGGAGAAGGCCCAGCUUGGUUUGGGGCAUAGUUACAGCCGCGCAAAAGUUAAGUUCAAUGUCAAUCGGGUUGAUAAUAUGGUCAUCCAGGCUAUAUUCCUGCUUGAUACUCUGGAUAAAGAUAUCAACUCCUUUUCAAUGAGAGUCAGGUUGGUCGGACAAUCGUGUUGACAUAUCAUCUACUCUGUUCAUGCACUUUCGAGUUUAACGAUACAUGCCCGGUAAUCCUUUUGUUACCUAAAUGCUAAUUUUUUGUAGAUGCCUCUUGCAUCUGAGCUAGCAGUAUGUUCUUCGAGAAAACAGUUCAUUUUGUUUCAGGAUAUAUUUAUCAAUAUAUGUAUCUUUAUUUAAUGUUCUCAAUCAAUUUGACUAUGCUAAAAUUCAUUUACUAUUUAGCAUUGAUUUCAUUUUUUCUGCUUAGGGUUCGAAUCAUUGCAUAUUCUUGGCUCUUAGAUUUAAUGUUUCGCACUUUUCUUCCACAUUUCGUAAUUUAAUUUGUUUUAAUUUCCCGUUGCUUGCAGAGAGUGGUACUCGUGGCAUUUCCCCGAACUCGUCAAAAUAGUAAACGACAACUACUUGUAUGCGAAAAUAGCCAAAUUUGUGGAGAACAAAUCAAACUUGACGGAUGAACACAUACCAGCGUUAGCUGACAUACUUGGUGAUGAUGACAAGGCAAAGGAGGUCGUUGAAGCAGCAAAGGCGUCCAUGGGUAAAUGCCUUAGGAUGAGCCUGUGCUCUUUAGGUGUCUAGUCCAUGCCUUCUGACCCUCAUUGUUCCUUGUCUUUUCAGGACAAGAUCUGUCUCCCAUUGACUUGAUCAAUGUCCAGCAGUUCGCCCAAAGGGUCAUGGAUCUGUCUGAGUACAGAAGAAAGCUUUACGAUUAUCUUGUCCAGAAGAUGAAUGACAUCGCUCCCAAUCUGGCGACCCUAAUUGGUGAAGUCGUCGGGGCUCGCCUGAUUUCCCAUGCAGGAAGUCUCUCAAAUCUGGCCAAGUGUCCUUCCUCCACCCUUCAGAUUCUUGGCGCUGAGAAGGCUCUUUUCAGGUCUCUUAAAACCCAUAUAUUGGCCGAUAUUAGACAUGUAUUUUUUCUGGACUAUUUGAGAUUAGUUCUAGUUCUAAAAUUCUUCUUUGAGGUUUAUAUGGUGGGUUAUAAUGCUAAACCCUCCGACUACUACAAACCGGUGAUUCAUUCGUUAUUCUGAACUUAUUGAGGGCUCUGUAAAUGAGAAAAAAAAUGAUUGGUGUGCGGUUAUCAUACUCAUUUAAUUGCAUGUUGAGAUCCUUAGUUUUAGAUUGGACGGCCUAAUAUCUUAGGAUAUACGAUUUGUAUGCUCACAGACUAGAAAUUCUUUUUUCUUUUUUUUUCUUUUUUUUUGGUUGUUGCCGGAUGAGCAAUUGCGUCUACUGACCUUGGUGAGUUUCCAGGGCUUUGAAAACCCGUGGAAAUACCCCUAAGUAUGGUCUGAUCUUCCACUCAUCGUUCAUCGGCCGAGCAUCAACCCGGAAUAAGGGCCGUUUGGCCCGUUACCUUGCUAACAAGUGUUCUAUCGCCUCCCGCAUAGACUGCUUUUCCGGUGGGUCCAUCCUUGUUCGGUGGCUGGGUUUAAACUUCGAAUUAUAUAUCGAUUGGGCUGUCUUCUCAAACAGAUUUUUGAUGCUGCAGAGAGUAGCACCACGGUGUUCGGUCAGAAGCUGCGGGAACAGGUCGAAGAGAGGUUGGACUUCUAUGACAAGGGAGUUGCUCCUCGGAAGAAUGUUGAUGUGAUGAAAGCCGCCAUUGAGAGUGCAUCAAACAAAGAAGAUGGUGAGCAAUUUUAAGUGGGUUCUUUUUAGUUUUAUCUCCCUAUGGAUUAUAUUAUAAAAUGGCCGUAAUCAUUGGCAUCUUACAUCAAUCUACUCAUAUAACAUGUGAAAAUCUGUGGGUUUCUAGCUGAAGUGAGAACUGCUCUGUAAUGAUAUCAGUUCUACUCUCAUCCUACGUUUGCAGAUACGAAAGAAGAUCAGAUGGAUGUGGAUGAGAAACCAUCUGACUCCGCCAAGAAGAGCAAGAAGAAGAAGUCCAAGACAGAGAACAAUGGUGCGGCAGAGCCCGCGGCUGAGGACGGGCCCCGAGUUGCGCCUCCGCAGCCCGAAAUUGAGAAGAAGAAGAAGAAGAAGCACAAGCUGUCCGAGGAGCCAGAAUCAGAGCCUGCAUCCGCGAAGACGAAUGGAGCGGACUUGGAGUCGGAGAGGAAGAAGAAGAAGAAAAAGCAGCACGAGGAGGCAGAUGGGGUCAAAGACGUUCAGCCCACCAGCGAGAAGAAGAAGAAGAAGAAAUCCAAGAGCAAGGAUGAUGAGUGA